AUGUUGCAGCAAGAUGCCUACGCAGUUCUCGGUAUUCAUCGAAAUUCCAGCGAGGAGGAGAUUAAGCAAGCAUACAGAGCAAAAGCCCUCAAGCACCAUCCAGACAAGGUGCUGGAUGAAGAGGAGCGGCGUGAAGCCACAGCGCAGUUCCAGGAGAUCCAAGCAGCCUUUGAACAGCUCUCCAAAGGCCGCAGGUUGGAUUUGGUGAUUGGGCCCAUGACUCGCACUGAGCUCAUCAGCGCCUGUGAAGGUGGCGACCUCAGCACCGUGCAGCAGCUCUUGCGGGAGUCGGCGGAGAUCAACGCCACGGACAGCACCGGUCGCAGCCCACUCAUGUUCGCAGCUCAAGCGGGUCACGUUGAGGUGAUGGAACUCUUGCUGCAGCGCCAAGCUGACCUGAACCUGCGGAACUGCGCAGGCCACACCUGCGUGAUGUUUGCCGUUGGUGGUGGCAUCAAGGUCAAUAAUCAGCAUGAGCGUGCCCAACAGUAUCUCCGAGCAGUGCAGCUUCUCCUGGAUGAAGGUGCGCCGGUGAAUGGGGUCACCUCCUACGGCCUUUCUGCCUUGAUGCUGGCAAGUACCUCAGGCUCGACGGCUUUGGUGGAGCUCCUGUUGGAACGGGCGGCAGAGGUGAGCUUGGCCUCAGACAUCGGCCUCACUGCCUUGGUCAUGGCGGCCGACAAAGGCCAUGCGGGGACCGUGGGACGUCUAUUGGAGAAGCUGGCGGAUGUUAACUGCCGCUAUGGGAAUGGCAAGACGCCGCUCAUGUCUGCAGCUGCACAAGCGUAUGUAGAGGUGGUCAGGGUUCUCCUGCAGCAUACUGCGGAUGUGAAUGCACAAUCGGAGAAUGGGUACACCGCCCUGCUGUAUGCAUUGGAAACGCAGCUGAAGGAUGGCCUGGUGUGUCCCAUUGAAGGCUCCCUGAAGAAACCGGGCUUGAAGGACACUGUUCAGUUGCUGCUUCAUGCCGCUGCUGACGCCCACGUGCUUGGCCCCAGGGACCAGUCAGCCCUGGACCUCAUGUCGUCCUCAGAAGAGUUGAUGGGUUUGCUGGAGAGUCAUGGAUCGAAAUCUGGUGAAGGUCAAGGUGAUGGUUUGCAGAAACUGCUUAAAGACUUUCUCAAAUGCUGUGGACUUGUCUGUAACGCUUGCUGGUGGGGCGAACCCACAUUGAUUGAAAAGUUGUUCAUGCAAACUCAAUCAAUGCAAACAAUUAUUAUGCGAGUUGUUCUCCAGCCUGCAAGGCGGUUUGAUUGCCUCAAUCGUAGAAAGCACUGCAGAUUGUCAAGAUGUUCAAUUCUAUCAAAUUGA